UUACUUCUCUGUUGAAGAUAUGGAUAUCCAAAGAUACAGUCCUAAUUUAAGGGUAUACAUGUGUUGAUGUCAUUUAUGGUGCUAUGUUCAGUGGUAAAAUUUAACAGUCCUUUCUCAGUUUUAUGAGAUUUUAGGUCUUAACUUCAAUCAUUAGGCUAAUCAUGAAGGACAGUACUAUAUUGCUCAUUAUUGCCAAUAAUAUUUAAAUGAUCUAGAGUCUAUAUUUUGAUUUAUUGUGAAGUUUUUAUCCCCUUGAAUUUCAAAUCACUUUUAGUUAAGUCCAAAUACCAUACUUGUAAAACAUGUAAUUAUAUUAAAUUACUAUCCCCGUACAAGUAAUACAAACAUGUAGAGCCUUAUUUUCAAUUUCAUUAUGGAUUCUUUGUUAUAGGUAUAUCUUUGGACUGACUGGGCACAAUGUCACUAGUACAUCUAAUUGUUUUAUCAAUUUGAUGGUUUCAAAUCCAGAUAAGCCAUGUAUGACCUUUUCAUGAUGAAUCACAUUUAGUUGACCAAUUUACAUAUCUAAGUAUAUCUAUGUAUGCAGCCACUGACAGUUACAAGUGUAAACAAAACAAAGAAAAAGGACAAACAUAUAGUCAAUGUUUUAAAAGUUCAUAUCAAGUUACAAGUGUAGGUUACUGGAGCUGCUAGUCUUAAUUGUGAACUUGUAUUUUUACUGAGGUUGACUGAGGAAUAUAUUUGAAUGUGUUAAAAGAGGACUGAUUUAAAAAUAAACCUUAAAAUGUCAGUAAAUCUGUUGGGUAGAUUGGCACUGGUGACUGGAUCCACUACUGGCAUUGGUCUUGGCAUAGCUCAUUCUCUGGCAAGCAAAGGUUGUUCAGUGAUUCUUACAGGAAUAAUUGAUCAGACAUUGGUCUCAGGAUUACUGUCUGAGUUUACAAGAGAUGAUUAUAAAGGCAGAGUUCACUUCUUCCCUAGUGAUUUCCUUGAGAUUGAGAAUGUUGAAACAUUUUGUCAGGAUGUGUUAGCACUUUAUCCAGAUGGUAUUGAUAUCUUAGUAAACAAUGCAGGUGUACCAGGAAGAGGUCUUAUUGAGAAUGUAUCAACAAAACUUUGGCAAGAUACUAUUUCAGUUAAUCUCAAUGCACCGUUUGUGCUCACUAGAGCAUUCUUUCCUCUAAUGAAGAAGAGAGGAUGGGGCAGAAUUAUAAACAUGUCAUCACAAAUGGGUCAAGUUGGUGAGGUAGGAAAGUUGGCUUACUGUACAACAAAGUCAGCGCUUAUUGGUUUUUCUCGGGUUGUGGCUCUUGAAGGAGCCCAAUUUGGUGUCACUUGUAAUGCAAUAUGUCCUGGAUUUGUGGAUGCACCAAUGUGUCACAGUAUUAUUGAGAAGCAAGCGAUGGAGAAAGGAAUUACUUUUGAAGAAAGCAAGGUUGACUUUUUGAAAGAGCGUUGUCCCAACAGGCGCCUCAUUCCAGUUAGUGAUAUCACAGAACUCAUAUCAUUUCUAUGUUCUGAUGCUGGGUCGAGUAUGACAGGAUCUCCUAUUCUAGUAGAUGGUGCCUAUACAGCCAGAUAAUCAUAUGUCAUAUCAUCAUCAGAUCCUGGAUCUGAUCCUCUGUUCUAGUUUGUUGUUUUUUUUUACCUAUAAAACAUAUAUACAGCCAGAUAAUGAAAGUAAAAUUUGUUUCUGCAUUUUACAUUUACCUCAUGAUAUGUAUGUUUGCUUAAAUUGUGUCUAUGAAAUAUGUCAUGUUUUUCUUUUAAAUAAAGAUCUCCUAUUAAUAAGGAAAGUAUUAAUUGGUGUGGCCAAAUGUGAAUAUGUAUUUUUGCAUACCGGGUAUAUUUUUAAAUUCUAUAUAACCUUAUUAAUUUUUUGUAAUCAACUUACAUAAAUAUAGAUUUUUGGCAAUUUAUUCUUAAAUUUGUUAACAACUUUACCAAAAACUUCUUAUGAAAUGCCUAGAAAAGCCAAUCCCAAUAUGGCAUUGAAAUAUGAGUCCUGGUUUAAUGAAGAAAAGUGAUAAUAAAAGAUAAAAAGAAUUAGAAGCAAAACUAGGGAUAAAGUGAAAUGUAAGACAGGGCAGAGCCAUCACAGCAUUUCAUUACUGAUUUCCACAAGAUGGAAAAAAAAAUGACAUUAGUUUUAAUAAUCUUUGUUACUAAAAUGUAUACAUUGCAUGUACUAUAUAAUUUUAUUGGUCCAAACAAAUAAAAAUUCAGUUGAAUUACAUUUUUCCUGAGUCUAACAUACAAAGAGCUCUGAAGCUAAAUCGUAUUGAAGCAUGCUACUGUCUUAAAAUCUUAAUGAAGUUUUGAAAUAUAAAAAAAAUGGACACAAUAACAGAAUGAGACAUGUUCCAGAAGCCAUAGAACUAACUAAAUUUGCCCUUGUAGAGUGUCAACAGAAUACUGAGCAUAUCCUUCAGAACAGCAUUCUUUAUCAAUAACCCUGAACAAGACACUGGCGCCCGCCCCCCC